AUGGCAUCUCAAGGAUCAGUGGGACAAAAGGUCCCAGAUGAGCAAACAGGGCUAUCUCAGGAGAAGUUGAUUGAAAAAUAUAAGUCAGCCCUGAAUAUUGCUCAGAAAGCAAAAAAUGCUCGUGAUGAAGCCAUGAAGAACUGUAAACUAUUGCAAAAUGAAAAUGAACAACUUAAAGAAAAGGUAUCCACUGUAGAAAAACAAUAUAAAACGGCAGAGGAGAUGUUAGCUGCACUGACUGAUCAAAAACUGAAACUUGCAAUGGAGAUAGAUGACCUGAAAAAAGAGAAAAGAAUUUACUUUGAAGAGCUGAAAUCAAAAAAUAAUUUAGAAGGCGAAGUUGAAAAUUACAAGAGCGAGUUUAAAAAACUACUUAAAGAAAAUGAAGAUAUUAUUUCUACCUCAGAGGAGACAAUUACCAAAAUGAGGAAAGAACACGAAGAAUUGAAAAAACGAAAUGAAACAUUGAAGCAGGUCUGUAAUAACAUUCAAAUCGAAAAAUCUGAAUUGGAAAAGAAUCUAAAUGCAAGUAACAAAAAGUUAAGCCAAUUUGAGGACAAUCAAAAUCUAUUGAAUUCCAUUCUCGCUAAAAAGUAUAACACUGUUGUCGAUGAAUUUAAGAAUUGGGCUGCGGUUAUAGAUUCCAAAGAAGAUUCUUUUGCUAAAUUGCAACUAUUAGAAAUGGAAAAUGAAACAUUAAAAUCAGAAAAAGACAAGUUGAAUACUUCUAAUCAAUCUUUAACAAAAGAUAAGGAAUCCAUGGAGCUAGAAAUGGUAGAGCUUAAUGAUAGAAUCAAGAAGAUCUGUUUAGAAUUAGAUGCUGCCAAUGCAGAUCGGGAUAAAAUGUUAAACAAUUUAGAAAAGGUUAGUUUGGAAACGAAGCGUCUCAUUGAAAAUUCAGAAGUUUUAACUCAAGAACUUGGGUUGUUAAAAGAAGAAAGAGCUUCUAUGGAACAUUUAAUAAAUGUUCUAAAUAAUGAAAAACAAUCUUUACUACAAAUUGUCGCUGAAAAGGAGGCAGAUCUAACUCAGCUGGCAUCAGAACUCGAGAGGCUAGCGGAGGAAAAGGCAAUUUCUUUGGUGAAUAGUGCACAAGAAGCAAAUUUAAGGAAUCUAGAAGAUAGCAAUAGCGAAAAUAAUACAACUCAAACUAGUGAAUCUACAAGUGAAGAUAGUUCAGAAAAAGAAAGAUCAGUUAAUAUUGAACUUCUUUCUCUUCAAAAUGAUUUGAAAGCAUUCUCUGCAGAAAUAGAAAGUUAUAAAAUAAUCGUAAAAGAGUCUGAGGCAAAGUUACAAGAGGCUUUGGAAUCUAUUUCUGAGAAAGAACAACUGUUAAAAAGUCAGCAACAAAUUAUUAUCGAGUUAAGGUCAAAAGUUGAUCAGAUGGAAGGCCUACAGGCUGCUAUUGCCAACAGCUUGUCAGGAACUAAGGAACAGUUGGUUACAGCAUUGGAAGAAUUAGAGGAUAUUGAUAGGCUGAAAGACGAUUUGCAACAAGAGUGUCUGCUGAAAGAUGAAGAAUUCUUAGUGGCAUGCCAUAAGCUAGAAAUUAAAGAGCAUUUCAUCAAAGAGAUUAUUGACGGGAUGGAGGGGCUAAGGUUAGAAUUGAAUAAUAUACACAAAAUAGACAGUUUAGAGGAAGAAUUCGAUACAGAAAAUUCACAACCUGAAGAUUAUAUUAAAGGUUUGAAAAAAUGUAUGGAUGCCAUAAUUUGCAAAAUGUUUCACAAUUACAAAAAUGAAAUAGAAUGUUUAAGGGAGAUAAUAAAUGAAUACCAGGAAAACAAUGAGGCUUUAGCAAUAGACAACAAUAAAUUGAGCAAACAAGCAAAAGAUUUAUUGAAUGAACAGGCCAACUUUGAUAGCGGCUUAGUUGUAAAAUUGAAAACUUUCAAAGAAAAUCUACUACAUCAAGUGAAAGAGAAACAGUCCGUCGUAGCCAGUUUGGAAAAAGAAGUCAGUACGUUGAAAGAUCAGCUAGCAGAAAAAGACAACAUCAAAGAAAAGGUUGAAGCAGAUAAAAAUGAUUUAAAAUCUAUACAUGAUAAAAUGGUUUCUGAAACCUCUCUCGAAAUCAAAACUUUGUCUGAGAAGCUUCGUGAUACAGAAAUGCGCUAUCAACAAAGUAUUUCUUCUUUUGAUGCUAACAGUGAGUUAAUAAGUAAUCUCAAAGAUGAAAUAAAAGAUCUUAAAGAUUUUAUAGUUAGCCUAGAAAAUCGUGUAGAAGAUGGUAAUGGGAGAAAUUCACAUCUUACUCAUGUCAUUAUUAGUUUAAGUUCACAGUUUGAGAAGGAAAAUAAAGAAUUGAAAAAUCUCAUUUCAGUCAUGAAUUCUACUUUGUUGGAAAAUAUAAAUGAAGUGACUACUAAUGUUCCCACUGACCAAGAUGACAUCAAAAAAGGAUUCAGUGAAAUAGAACUCCAUCGUUCCUUAAUGGCAUGUUUAUCUAAUGAGUUAGAUAGACUAAAGGAGUGUGAAAAUUUGGCAAAAGAAGAAAUUAAUAGUAAACUAUCCGUAUUAAAUGAAGAAAAUCAGCAAUUAUCUGAUAAGGUGAAAGUUAUGACCGAGAAAACAGAAGAGUUGCGGUCCAGUAUAUCAAACAUCGGAAAGGCUUUUAAAGUUUUAAUUGAGUUCUGUUCGAAAAACAAAGUCCCUUUUACUUCAAAGGAACUUGAACAAAUCACAGAGCUUCUUCCUAGUGAUAUGAAAGAAAUUUCAGAUAAUUUAAAAAUUCUAGAUAAAAUCCAAUCGGAUCUGGAAAGUAAUGCAAAUAAAAUAAUUGAUUUAGAAUCUUUGUUAAAAGAGAAAGAAGAUUAUAUCAAGAGUGAGCUUGGGAAAAAAGAUUCAGUAAUCGACAACUUAAAACAAGAAAUCGACGUUUUGAAGGAUAAGGUUGAUAACGUUUCCAGUUUAAACGAUUCACUUAAUUCGGAUUUAUCGAAUUUCAAAGAAAACUUGGAAAGAUUAAGAUCUGAAUAUAAUCGUGAAAAGGAUGUUCUCUUAGACAAGAACAAUAAAAUACAGAAUGAAUUAAAAGAUUGUAAAGAGCUGCUGGAUUUUAAGAGCCUGGAACUGCGCGAGAACAACAGGAUAUGGGCAGGAAGAUUCUCAUCUCUCAAAGUAGCGCUGAUUGGUCUCAACAAAACCAGGAAGGAGAUCAGGAACCAGUUUCAAUCGAUCGAAUCUUCUUUCAAUUCAUUUCUUAAUGGAAUUAAAGAACCUUUGCAGGAAAAGAUUGAGCUGGUCGUUCAGAAUGCAGUUGCCGCUUCCAAAGCAGAACUGAUUAGAGAAAUGCACCAAAUGAAUCAAGCUCUCAAAGAGCGAGGGGAAAUGAUUUCAAAACUGGAAUUUACUAUUACGGAUUGUCACACAAAAAUGAAGCAGCUGACGUCCGUAAGUGAGAAGCUUCAGAGUGAGCUGGUGCAAGUUAAAACUGAACUGCGGAGGGAAGAAGAUGCAGUUAAAGAAAAGGACCAGCUGAUUAAACAGCUGGAGGUCGAAAUUGAACAGCUGAAAGAAAACCAUGAGUCAACUGCACCAGACAAUGAUGUCUUGAGUACGAGUACAAUAAGCAAGACUGAAGAACACUCUCGGCUUAAAGACGUUGAAGAUAGCUUUGAGGACAGGUAUAUGAAGCUUAAGCUCAUUGCAGUUAAGCUAAAAAAGCGUGCUGCAGAUUUAAGCCUUACUUUGGAGUCAGAAAGGGCAAAAUUUGGAGUUGAAAAAGCGGACUUUCAAGAGAAAAUAUCAUCCAUGUCAAUGGCCGUCAAGAAUGCUCAGAAAAUUCAAGAAUUGUUCGAUGAAUCCCUUGACGAGAGAGACAAAUUGAAGAAAGACAACGAACAGCUAAAGAACACCGUCGAAGAGCUGAAGAAAAACGAACUUGGUUUAAAUAAUAAGAUUUCCACUCUGGAGUCGAGUAACCAAAGUAUUCCAGUGAUGAAGAAGCACAUUGAUAGCUUAAAUACAAACAUCAAAGAAUCAAAGAGUGAAAUCCAAAGGCUGCAAAUGGAAAUCAAAGCAGAGGUUAUCAAAUAUGAAGAAAUGAAAAAGAGUGCUAAUAAGUUUGAGGCGACAGUUCAAGAACUGACCAGUCAGCUGGAACAGGCUAAGCAACAAGGCAAGAACAACACCGUUCUCGAACUAGAGAUGAAGAACUACGAGAAAAUAAUUGCUGAUCUUUCUUCUCAAUUAAACAUUGAGAGAUCAACGAUAAAGAGCCUGAAGAGUGAGAAUGAAGCAUUAUCGAAUGUUAAAAUCGGUCUUCAUGAGCAGAUCUCUAUAUUAGAAAAACAAAUCGCUGUCGAACAACAACGUAUUCAAGAUGCUCAAGAUCAACUAGCCAUUUUUCAGUCAAGGCUUGAAGAGAAAAACACUCAAAUUGAGACACUUAACAGCAGCAUUGGAGAAUUAAAGAAACAACUAACCGAAGAAAAAAAUAAAAAUGAAGCUUUGACCAUGGAAAUGUCCGCAGUAACUUCCGAAUACAGCAAAAAAGAAAUGGCCAUGUUAUCGAAGAUCAGUUCCAGCCAAGAUGAGAUUAGAUCAUUGGAAACAUCAUUGCAGUCAACAAAGCAGGAGCUAGCCACAGCUAAACGUGAGAUAGAUCAUCUGAACGAAGAAUACGAGAGCUACAAGCUAAGAGCGCAGACGAUUCUCGCUAAGAAGAAGGGUGAUUUGGUCACACAUGCUGAGAAAGAAGCCAAAGAGGAAUGUGAUCGUCUAAAAAGAGAAUGUGCUAGUCUCGAAGAGAGGCUCGAUUCUGCCAUGAGCGAAAUAGAUACCCUUAAUACUAGGAUAUCUUCCCUAAACUUGGAGAAAGCAAGAAGUGAGAAGAAAUAUGAUGAGAUAAGGACUGCCCUCCAGCAGAAGCUGGUAGAGCAUGAUGUACUCAGCACGGAAAUGUACAAUCUCAAGAUGGCCAAUGAGGUAGCAGUAGAGCAGCUGAAGGCAGAGUUGACAAAAAAGAAAAACGAAUAUCAAGCAGAGCUGUCCCACCACAAAAAGAUCAUAGACGAUUUAAUGUUGGAGUUCAAGCAAAAAGAAGAAGAAAAUGUUAUUAAAGAUAAAGUUGAUAACAGUGGAUAUUCCUUGAGUAACUUUCCAGAGAGUAUCUUGCCAUCGUCUGAACGAGAGGACGGAGAGGGUUCAGAAAGUGUACCUUCUCCGAAGACUAGAAGGCAUAGUGGUGUAGUGCCUUUGGACGUCUUACUGAAUAGCCCUGAUGAAAGCAAAGUGAUUGUGCUUCAGGAGCAGGUUGAAAAACUGCAAAAAGACCUAGGGCGAAGUGAAGUCAGGGCAAGGCACCUGUCGUCUUUGUUAAGUGAAGCCGAGAAAGAUUCUGCUCGUAAUUUGCACCAGAACAAAGUGCUCAAGGAAGAACUGAGGCGGUUAGAAAGAGCAUUAGAGCGCCAGCCGCACGUUGCCAAUACCGAAUAUCUCAAGAACGUAAUUUUCAAGUUUGUGACGCUGCCUAAUGGAGAUGAGAGGUCGAGGCUGGUUCCUGUCUUGGACACUUUGCUCAAGUUCAGUCCCGAAGAGACACACAAACUGUGUUCAGUCGCCAAAGGAGAAGCUCAGGCAGGUUGGGGUAGUUACCUGCAGUCUUGGACUGGAUUGUAG